UGAUUAUUUUAGCGGAAACGAGAAGACCCGUUUCAAUGUUGAUUUGCUCGAGUAAUUCUGUCGUGGGUAUUACGUGAGAAAAAAGUAUUUAGAUUCUGACAAUAUCUUAAAUAUUAUUAUUAUUCAUUUAGUUUCGCCUUUUUCAUUCAAAAAGGAAUCUUUGUAAUCAGAGAUGUCUCUGGCAGAUGAGCUUCUGGCUGACCUUGAGGAGGCUGGAGAUGAGGGUGAGGAUGGGCUGUAUCCAGAGGGAGAAGACAGUGAUGGAGAAACGACGGAGGGACGUACAGAGGGACUGGAAGAUAUCCCUGAAGAGAUGGAGGUGGACUACAGUAAAGCUGAGAGCGUUACAUCCAUUGCCAAACUCAGAAAUAGCAAACAAUUUUCAGAGAUCAUGGAAAAAAUUUCAAAAUAUAGUGGAAAACUGCGCAAAAAUUCAGAAGUGGCAGGUCCAGUUGAAGCUGACCCUGAAUACAGACUGAUUGUAGCAGCCAACAACCUAACAGUAGAAAUUGACAAUGAGCUCAACAUAAUUCACAAGUUUACAAGAGAUAAAUAUUCAAAAAGGUUUCCAGAGCUGGAGUCACUGGUUCCAGAUUCUUUAGAUUACAUCCGCACGGUCAAGGAACUGGGGAACAACCUAGAGAAAUGCAAGAACAAUGAAACUCUGCAGCAAAUCCUUACAAAUGCAACUAUUAUGGUUGUCAGUGUUACUGCCUCCACCACACAAGGGUCACAGCUUAGUGAGGAUGAACUGAAGCAGCUGGAGGAGGCAUGUGAUAUGGCUCUGGAGCUUAACCAAUCAAAACACAGAAUAUAUGAAUAUGUAGAGUCCAGAAUGUCCUUCAUUGCUCCUAAUCUGUCUGUCAUUGUUGGAGCAUCAACAGCUGCAAAGAUCAUGGGUGUUGCUGGCGGCCUCACUAAUCUGUCAAAGAUGCCGGCCUGUAACCUGAUGUUGCUGGGAGCCCAGAGGAGAACCCUGUCUGGCUUCAGCAGCACAUCGCUGCUUCCUCACACAGGAUUUAUUUACCACUGUGAUGUGGUACAAUCACUACCACCCGACCUGAGGAGGAAGGCAGCCCGUCUGGUGGCAGCCAAGUGCACACUGGCUGCACGAGUGGACAGUUUCCAUGGAAGUUCAGAUGGCAAGGUUGGUUAUGAUUUGAAAGAAGAAAUUGAAAGGAAAUUUGAUAAAUGGCAAGAACCGCCCCCUGUGAAGCAAGUCAAGCCUCUGCCAGCUCCACUGGAUGGCCAGAGGAAGAAGAGAGGAGGAAGGAGGUAUAGAAAAAUGAAGGAGCGUCUUGGACUCACAGAAAUCAGAAAACAUGCCAACAGAAUGACCUUUGCAGAGAUCGAAGAUGAUGCGUAUCAAGAGGACCUGGGCUUCAGUCUGGGUCAGAGUGGCAGUGGUCGAGUCAGGCAGGCUCAGGUCAAUGAGGCCACAAAAGCAAGGAUCUCCAAAUCUCUUCAGAGGACGUUGCAAAAGCAGAGCAUGACGUAUGGAGGAAAGUCAACAGUCAGAGAUCGAUCUUCUGGAACCAGCUCCAGUGUGGCGUUCACACCGUUGCAGGGUUUGGAGAUUGUCAACCCCCAAGCUGCAGAGAAGAAGGUGGCUGAAGCUAACCAGAAAUAUUUCUCCAAUAUGGCAGAGUUUCUCAAAGUAAAAAAGGAUGAUAAGGUUUAAAACCUUUUGGGACUCGCAGACUCAUCCUUUACCAUAAAGACUUGAUUUCAAGUUGAUAUUUGAUUUCAUCUCCACACAUAGAGAUGUGUUGUCUUUUUACAUUUUAUCACCUUCCUUUUUUUCCUAAUUUCAAUAAAAUGUAAAAACAUCAAA